UCGAGUUGGAAAUAAAAUUUGGCAUUGCUGGGAAUUAUUGGGAUCGAAUCAACGCUGUGGUGGCUGUUUUCAGUGAGAAAAGUGAAUGGAUAGUCAAUUUUAAAUAUAGCAUUAGUCGCGCAGUACAAUUUAACAAAACAACAAAAUGAAACUAAUAUACUUAGUACUUCUAGUAUUACCUGCAGCCUUAUUAUGUGUACAAAGCGGCAACACCUUCUUUGCUAGGGCGGAAGAAGAUGAGCUAGAUGAUGUAGUGGACAUUGAAGGUGAUGACAACCAGGUUGUUGGUGAUGAUGUUAGUGAAGAUGACGACUCAAUCAUCAAAUCCUCUCAAGAUGUCGACACCACUAUACUCUUCACCAAACCUCAACCUAUCUAUGGAGAUGUUGCCUUUGACCUACAAGCCGGAUACCCAGUAGAGUUCCUUGUUGGAUUCAUCAACAAGGGCUCUGAAGACUACACCGUGGAAACCAUGGAGGCAUCCUUCAGAUACCCAAUGGACUACACCUACUACAUUCAGAACUUCACCGCUCUGCCUUACUACAGAGAAGUCAAGCCUGCACAAGAGGCUACUUUUGCUUACUCCUUCAUCCCCAACGAAGCUUUUGCUGGCCGACCCUUCGGACUCAACAUCCAACUUAACUACAGGGAUGCCAGCGGAAAUUACUACCAGGAAGCUGUGUACAACCAGACUGUCAACAUUGUCGAGGUUUCCGAAGGUCUUGACGGCGAAACAUUCUUCCUGUAUGUGUUCCUUGGAGCUGCUUGCGUAUUGAUCCUUGUUCUGGGUCAACAAGCUCUGUCAUCCCUGGCUCGCCGCAGGUCUCCGAGGUCUGCACCCAAACCUUUGGAGACUGGAACAGCCAAUGAUGUGGACUAUGACUGGCUACCUAAGGAAGUAGUAAAUCAACUCAAAAAAUCUCCAAAAUCGCCCAAACAGUCGCCUCGCUUAAGGAAAGCGAAAAGAUCAGUUGGCGAUGACUAAACUUUCACCUUGUGAAGAGAUAGGAGAGAACACUGAUCUUUGCCUCUCGGCAAAUGUGAGAGUGAAUAAAUAAAAUAAGAAUAGGUUAUAAUUGGAAAGCUGUGUAAGAAAAUGGACUACAAUAAAAUCUCACUUGGCAAUACCAAAAUAGCAAUAAAAUAGAACUCAAGAUAAUUAUAGCAUGCUGCGUACUGACUUGUCUUCCAGGCCUGUUCUUAUUUUAUUUUAAUGUAUAAAAGAGUGUGUGAUUUUUAUUUGCAUUGUGAGCGUAAAUUAAUGGAACAAAUAGUGCAGAGAGCUUUGUAAAGUUUGUGAAAAAUGAAGACAUUAUUUAAUUAAAAUGUUAAAUUUUUGAUA